AACAACUUUUUUUGACGUAUUUACAAAAAAAAAAUAGUCUUUUUAUUUUUAAGUGCGAGUUUUGUGUCAAUAUUAUUUGUUCAUAGUAAUUAAUAUAUCAUGUCACUUUGGUGGAUUAAAGUUUUCAAGAUUAUCAUUAUCCAAGGACUCAUUGGAAUAGUCAGGUCUGAUGCAGAAAUAAAACUAUUGCACGUGCUUUUUCGACAUGGUGAUAAAGUGCCGCAUAAAGAGUUUCAAAACUACCCAACAGACCCACAUGGAAAUCAUUCGUACUACCCCAUGGAUAGCGGAGACCUAACAAACGAAGGAAAAUUACGAGAGUACAAAAUCGGGCAAGUUCUGCGAGAAAAAUAUGGCGAAUUUUUCGGGCCAUAUUACCAGCCUAGCUUGAUUUUUGGCCGUUCGACGGACAUUCCUAGAACUCAGAUGUCCUUAGAACUUGUUCUCGCAGGAUUAUUUCCUCCAACUGGUAAACAAAUUUGGAAUCCACAUUUGCCCUGGAUUCCCGUGUCAACUGUUUCAGUACCAAAUGAACAAGACAGUUUGCUUUUCCCACAUCACUGUCCGGAGUACAUCAAAGAGUACAAAAAUUUUUUGGGACAAGGCAUUGCGAAAAAUAUGAUAAACAAACAUAAAGAAGUGAUGAAAUAUUUAACUGAUAAUACUGGCAAACAGGUUGACCAAACUUCUGCAGUUUACUAUUUGUAUAAUUUAUUUAACGAACAGAUUGCUCAAAAUUUAACCUUACCAGAAUGGACAAAAAAUGUAUAUCCAAAUUCUAUGAAAGAAAUAACAGAAUUGGAUUUUAAUCUCAGAUCAUAUACAAAUAAAUUAAAGCGUUUAAAUGGAGGUAUUUUACUGCACGAGAUAACAGAAGGAAUGAAAGCAUUGAGAGAUGGAGUAUUACAACCACAUGAGAGAAAAGCUUUUUUUUAUUCAGCUCAUGAGUUGAAUGUAGCUGCUGCAGCCAGAGCGCUCGGUACUAAUGAUCCAAUAUUACCAUUGUAUGGUUCCACUAUCAUAUUUGAGACUCUCAAAGAUGAGCAUAACAAUUAUUUUAUUAAAGUGCAAUUGUGGACUGGAGUAACGGAACAAUUUAUUACACAAACGAUACCAGGAUGCACUGAACUUUGUCCACUUGAUCAGUUUUUGAAACUGCUUCGUGAUGUAAUUGCUACAGAUAAAGAGGCAGAUUGUUAUGGUUUGAAAAAAAAUGAAAAAAAUUCAAAAGCUUCAUCGAGCAGCAGAUUUAAUUUUAAUACGACUAAUGUAUUUAUUUGCCUGGUUUUUUUCUCAUUAAAAUUUUUUAAUAUAUUAAUUUAAAAUGGCAAAAGAAAAUUUUAAUUAAAGGAUGUAUACAGUGGACCCAUUAUAAGUUUCUUUUCCUCAAUCAGUUGUUACUAAGUCCGAAAACUGCAAGUUUUUCCAGUUCUAAUAAAAUUUUUGUCUUCACUUUAUUGAGCAUUAUGCUCAUCUCUAAUGAUUAUUAUUAGUGUAAUUAAACAAUAGAAAAAUCGGCAGUCGCGUCUGUAAUAAAACGUCAAUAUGACGUUCAAAAUUAUAUAAAAUAAAAGAAACUUAUAACAGGUAGUCGAUAACAAAAGUAAGGGCGCGGUAGUGGGGAACCUGAAAUUACAAGAAAAAUUUCCCGUACAUUCUCUAGAACAAGCUUAUGACGGGGUAGUCGACGGUACUCAAAAAUAUUAGAGUAGGAUGAACAGAUAAAUGAAAUUAUUGAACGUCAGAGUUAAGUAGGAAAGCAUAUAUUUAAAGCUAAUCGAUAAGUCUAUUUCUCUUGAGGCGAAAGGUUCAAACACCUUGUUUAACCUGAUAAUAUCGAACUUUAAAUUACCUUGUUAUAUAAAUGUAAAAAAAGUAAUUUCUUUAUAAAUUGAAUUAUUAAAAAAUGAUGUAUUUUUUUUUAAGCUGAUAAAAAACUAAAGGAAGAGCGUAAAUUUACAAUCAACAGGUGAGGAAAACAUUUAGGCACCAGUUGUUUUGCAACAAUGAAUUAUUUUUCACGGCUGGUGAAUGCUGACAUUAUGUGUUCUAUGUCUGUUGGGCUUGGCCAGGCGACAAAAGUCAAGAGUAGAAAACCAAGCCUUGUUCUUGUGUUGGUGAAUGUUUAGUUCCCUUAAGAAUAGACCAGCUUGCAUCAGCGAGUGUGAAAAGGCAUAUUCCAAUUCAUGAAUG